AUGACUUCACUAAAAUACAAUGAAGGGGGAUAUGAAGCAUGCGAUUGGUUUUUAAGUAUGCAAACACAAAGAUCUGUCUCUGAACUUCAACCAGAUCUGUUCGUCUCAAAUAGCAGAUUCUUGGUUGAUAACCGAACACAACGUUUUGUAGAGCGUUACUUCAAUGCAUUCUAUUUAGUUGAUGUUGGUGGGGAGUUGGAAAAUGAUAUUUGUAUAUUAAGGCACAGCAAUACCUUGUGUGUUGUUGGUCUUGCUUGUGGGCACCAUAUUUUUAAAAGGUGUAACAUGAAUUCGUCUAGUGAUUGUUCUUCGGUAACUCACGAAAUCUUGGGAUUAGAUUAUCAGGUUUCCAAUGGAUUAAAUCGUUCGAAAAGCAAAGUCAAAGGCCGUCGUAAACAUGGAGGUCAUGUUUUGCAUAAAUCUACAGAUAUAAUAGCUUAUGUUAUUUGUGAUCGUGAAAUAAAACACCCCUUAAUGUGUGGCAUUCCAGGCAAUCUUUUGGAAGUUAAUAAUUCUUUAGACAUCACAAAAAACGAAUCUCAUCUUCCUAGCUCAGAAAAUGUAAGCUCAUUAAAGUCAAAAGUAAAGCUAACUCCUUUGAUGGGAAGCGGGAGUACUGUUAAUAUUGGUACCUACUUAUCCAUUAUAUUGCCAAAACCGAGAUCAAGGAAGUAUCAAAGUGGGCGUAUAAUUGAUGAGUCCAUUUUACUGACUGAUUCUCCUACUCAAAACGGUACAGCACUAGUUGAUGAUGUUUUGAAAAACCUCGACUAUUUAACUCAAUCAGACUAUGCAACACAGAUUGCUGAUUUUAUAUCACAGACAUCGCUUCCUAAAGAACAAAAAGUACUUACCUGGAAUGAAUACUCAGCCCUGCGACAUUGUGCAUAG